AUGAACUGGCCAGCGUUAGAGAUAAUUCAGACCAAAGGCACUGCGGCGCCUAUAACGAUCCUCACGUUGGGAGCCCUCCGCAAGUUUCUAGCCUACGGCUUCAUCAGCCCCACCUCUCCACGAUUCGCUCUCGCAAUGCAGUCACUGUCUGCAGCGGUGACUCGUUGUCAGUUUGAUGGAAGCGAUGCCGGUCAGGUGGAAGUCGUUCUGCUGAUGAUCCUACACCUGAUGGAAGACAUGAUGUCAGGCCCGGGAGGAGAUAUCCUGAGUGAUGAGAGUGUCUGCGACAUGAUGGGCAGGGGAUUGGCAAUCUGCUCCCAGCCUCGAUUUUCGCCCGUUUUGCGUCGAACCGCCGAAGCGUCUAUGGUUCGCAUGUGCCAGAUCAUAUUUGAAGACGUCAAACAUCUUGAGGUGGAAGCCGGUGACGAGUCCGAUGCUCUUGAUAAGCAGACAAGCGCGGACAUGGAUAGCGUCAAGAUGGACCCCGUCACCAACACUGCAUCAGGCUUGCAAGUAACCAGCUCUGAGCAGGACGCGCGCUUGUCCACAUCCAGCUCAACACCUUUGGAGGCAAACCCCCGUUCUCAAAUUGGCUCUGAGUCCGGAGAUAGUAAGGACGACAUCGGAGCAGGCGUCGGGGCCGAGGGUGAAGUGGACGUCGAUGGUACAGAGAGCUCUGAUUCUCUUGACCUCCGGCCUUACUCCCUGCCCUCUGUACGAGAACUUUUCCGGGUUCUGGUCAACUUCUUGGACCCCAACGACCGUCAGCACACAGACACGAUGAGGGUCAUGGCAUUGCGCAUUAUUCAUGUGGCUCUCGAGGUCUCCGGGCCAUCCAUUGCGCGACAUCCAGCUUUGGCUGGCAUCGCCGAAGACAGGCUUUGUUGCUAUCUUUUCCAACUCGUCAGAUCCGACAACAUGGCUAUCUUGCAGGAGUCACUUAUUGUUGCUGGAACAUUACUGGCCACAUGUCGCGGCGUACUCAAGCUACAACAGGAGCUGUUCCUCUCCUAUCUUGUCGCAUGCCUCCAUCCGUCGGUGGAAAUACCUCGCGAACCCGGCAUCGAUCCAUCGCUGUACGCCGGCAUUCCCCAAUCACCGAAGCUUGUCAAGCCUCCGCCAUCGCAAUCGAGUAGUGGGCGCUCAACGCCAGUACCUGUCAAGGACCGACAGAAGCUUGGGCUGGAGGGCGGCGCAAGGAAGCCUGACGCGAGACAAGCAAUGGUCGAAAACAUUGGUGUGCUGUCGAGAAUGCCAACUUUCAUGGCCGAGCUCUUCAUCAAUUACGAUUGCGACGCUGACCGAGCGGAUCUGUGCGAGGACAUGAUUGGUCUUCUUUCUCGUAAUGCCCUGCCGGAUUCUGCAACGUGGAGCACGACGAGUGUUCCACCGCUAUGUCUGGAUGCACUACUUAGAUACAUCCAGUUCAUAGCUGAACGACUGGAUGAGUCGCCUGUCGUCGAUGGUUACCCCGACGCUACAGAACUGCGGGAGCAGAGACGCAAGAAGAAGAUCAUCAUCAAAGGGACCAGCAAGUUCAACGAGAACCCUAAGGGUGGGCUCGCAUAUCUCGAGGCCCAGGGCAUCAUCGCAGAUGUCAAGGAUCCCGUUUCCGUUGCUAAGUUCUUGAAAGGCACUUCCCGAGUGUCCAAGAAGGUUCUCGGUGAAUACCUCUCCAAGAAAGGCAGUGAAGGCGUACUGGAAGCGUACAUGAACCAGUUCGACUUCUCUGAAAAGCGCGUGGACGAGGCACUUAGGGGACUUUUGGAGACAUUCAGGUUACCAGGCGAGUCGGCCUUGAUCGAGAGAAUUGUCACUUGUUUCGCAGACAAAUACUGCUCUAAGGCGAAGCCGACAGAGGUCGCUAACGCUGACGCCGUUUUUGUCCUAACAUACGCCAUCAUCAUGCUGAAUACUGACCAGCACAACCCUAAUCUCAAGGGUCAGAAGCGCAUGACAGUGGAGGAUUUUGCGCGAAACUUGAGGGGCGUAAAUGACGGCAAGGACUUCGCUCCCGAGUAUCUGCAAGAAAUUUUCGACAAUAUUAGGACGAACGAAAUUAUCUUGCCCGACGAGCACGACAACAAGCACGCUUUUGACUACGCUUGGCGCGAGCUUCUCGUCAAGUCGGAAUCAGUGCGGCCUCUGGUUCUCUGCGAGACAAACAUCUACGAUGCUGACAUGUUUGCUUCUACCUGGCGGCCAAUUGUGUCUACGCUAUCCUAUGUAUUCAUGUCCGCCACCGAUGAUGCGGUAUUCGCCAGGAUUGUCACUGGGUUUGAUGAGUGCGCUCGGAUUGCAGUGAAGUAUAAGAACACCGAAGCUCUAGACCAGAUCAUCUACUCUCUCAGUCACAUGACAACGUUGGCUACCGAAAUGCCUUUCAAUACGAGCCUGAACACGGAGGUUCAGGCUGGCGAGAGCAGUGUCAUGGUGAGCGAGUUGGCGGUCAAGCUCGGGAGGGACUUCAGGGCGCAGCUGGCGACUUUGGUACUCUUCCGAGUCGUUACUGGUAGUGAGGAGUUGAUCCGAGACGGCUGGAAACACAUCACCCGUAUCUGGCUCAACCUUUUUGUCAAUUCUCUUGUCCCACCUUUCUUUUCUACGGACUCUCCAGUUUUGGACAUUACCCCGAUCCCGCUUCAAACCCCAUCCCAAGUUAUUGAUCGAGCAGCCAAGACGGUGGAAACCGGCUUCUUCUCUGCGUUCACGAGUUACAUCUCAAGCUAUGCAGCAGAUGAUCCUCCAGAGCCCUCAGACGAAGAGUUGGAGAGCACUCUCUGCACUGUCGACUGCGUGAACUCUUGUCAUAUGGGCAAUGUCUUUGCUAACAUCUCCAAGCUUUCGCCUCAUGAGUUGGAGCCGCUGGUUGAUGCCCUGCUCAAUGCGCUGCCAGAAGAUCGUAGCCCCACGGUCAUAGUUGUGAAGUCGGAGAACGUACCAGCGGCGCCCAUGAACGGUCAGAAGCCAGCGCAGACGAGCGUUGUGUACGACCCUGCCAUGGCCUACAUCCUUGAGUACAGCACAGUACUCGCUCUCCGAGACCAAGACACCGUCCAGCUUGUUGGCAAGCGAGUCAUUGAAGCACUGCAAGCUGUGCUACGAGAUGCUGGAAAUUACCACUACAUCAUCGUUUCAAGAGCUACUUUCUACCUCCUCAAAUUACUACAAGUUAGUUACGCUCAUGACUACAUCAACGUUCCGGUUCUAUUGCACACGAUCUCAAGCUUUGCAAAGGAGGUUCUGGUAAAGACUUCCGUCUUGGUCCUUCAGGGGUUAAGGCUCUGCAUUGACGAGCCCAGCCCUCUACGCAACGAAGUCAUGACCUCUCCAGACUUUUGGGCUAUUAUGCGAGCAUUGGCAGGGCGGCAGGAGUCUGCGCCCCUCGUUUUUGACAUCCUCGAGUUGGGCUGUGGAGGCGCACCACCAGCGAUUAUUGCAGACAAUUACGAAGCCGCGAUCUCUCUCCUUGGUGACUUCGCCUCUGGAGCUGGACGGGCUGUGCUUGCGGAACGCAAGCUCGACGCCCAACAGCGCAAAGCACACGAAGGAGCUCGUGAGAAGACAAAUAUCAAUGAGGCUAUUGCACGCGGUUCCAAGGCGGUCAAUAGCAUCUACAACAUGACAGCGCGUAUUCCCUUCUUGAUGAAGCAGUCUCACCUAGAGAGCAAUGAAGCCUUCACCUCGCUGCAGCGGUCGUUGCUCUCCCCUGAUCUCACUUGCAGCGACCACAAGGAGUGGAUAGCCAUCUUUGGCGAGGUCUUGUUCCCACUGAUCCACAAACUUUUGAAGCCAGAAGUCUUUUCUUCGGACCGGGACGGUAUGAGUGAAAUGCGGGUACAAGCAGCCUCAUUGCUGUGUAAGGUCUUUCUCCAAUACCUUGUUCUACUUUCGAAAUGGGACGGAAUGUUGGAUCUCUGGAUCAAGAUUAUCGACAUCAUGGAUCGGUUGAUGAAUAGUGGACAAGGCGACAGCCUCGAGGAGGCAGUUCGAGAAAAUCUAAAGAACGUGGUUCUCUUCAUGGCAAGCAGCGGCUUCCUGAUUUCUCCCACCAAAGAUGCUUCAAAGGAAAAUCUGUGGAAUGAGACGUGGAAACGAAUUGAUCGUUUCCUCCCAGAGUUGAAGAACGAUUUGGCUCUAGAAGAGCCCCGGGGCGAAGAAGAGCAAGCGCCAACGGUAGAGGCGAAUGCAUAG